AUGGGUCCCAAGAAGGAGAAGAGCAGUUUGAAGCGGAAUCGGCAUAGCACCGGCGACGACCAGGAAAUCAAGAAACCGCGGAGAUCCCAAAGAAUCUCUUCGCAGUCUCAAAAGGAUGCCCAGCACACACCUCUCAAGAACCAAUAUCUGCCUUCUCCUCUGACGAACCAUGAGUCUACCGUUACCGAAACGUUCAAGGAACACACGGCUACUCCUCCAGAAGGCCGCCCCAGCCAGAUCCGCCAUAUCACUCCCAUAACCUCUCCACCACUUCUUCCACAAUCUUCACCUCAAGACACCCAACCUCUAUCCCAGUUCGUCUAUCCUCCUAGAGACAUCGAGCCUGACUUGAAUGAUGAGGAUGGGACUUGGGGCUAUCUGUUCCCUAUGGCGGAGAACGGUCACAGGCUGCAGAUGAAACGAAGGGCAUUCUGUCCCGCUCCCGCCAAGCCGCUCGAGGUUUCGAGACCUACUGUCAAGAGUAAGAAGCGAGGAAAGAAGGAAUUGGUUGAAGCCGAGGCAGAAUAUGAGCAGGACAAAACAAGCAAAGGAUUUCCGGCGAGCGGGUAUCUAAUCGGUCGACAUCCAGAAUGUGACAUGAUACUUGAUAUUCCAACCGUCUCGAAUCGCCAUUGCUUGAUCUUCAACGAAACUCGAAACGGCGAUACGGUGGCUAUUCUCGAAGACUUGUCGAGCAACGGUACCUUUGUUAACGAGGCAUUCCUGGGCCGGAACAAGCGAAGGGAAUUAGAAGAUGGGGAUGAGAUUACUAUCUUGGAUGAGGCCAGAUUUGUCUUCCGUUACCCAAGAAGCCGGGACUCGAGUGCUUUCAACUCGCGGUACCGAAUCCUACAACAAUUGGGGAAGGGCCAUUUUGCCACUGUGUACCUGUGUGUGGAAAGAUCAACCGGGUUCAAGUUCGCCGUCAAAAAGUUCGAACGUCGUAUGGGAGAGUCUCAACGAUCUCAGACAGAGGGACUCGAACAAGAAAUUGCUGUAUUGAUGAGUGUCAGCCAUCCCAAUGUGCUUUGCCUGAAAGAGACGUUCGACGAACCGGAUGGAGUUUACCUUGUCCUGGAACUUGCCGCUGAAGGCGAAUUGUUCAACUUGAUUGUGACGAAACAGAAGUUGACAGAGGCUGAGACCAGGAAAAUCUUCAUUCAGUUGUUCCAGGGAACGAAAUACCUGCACGAACGGAACAUCGUUCAUCGUGAUAUCAAACCAGAGAAUAUCUUGCUAACGGAUAAGAAUUUGUCAGUCAAGUUGGCAGAUUUCGGGCUAGCAAAGAUCAUAGGAGAGGAGUCCUUCACAACUACGUUAUGUGGGACACCAAGCUAUGUCGCGCCCGAAAUACUGGAGAAUACACGUCAUCGAAAAUAUACCAAAGCGGUUGACAUCUGGUCUCUCGGCGUGGUCUUGUACAUCUGUCUCUGCGGGUUUCCACCGUUCUCCGACGAGCUCUAUUCACGAGAAAACCCAUACACCCUAGCCCAACAGAUCAAAAUGGGCCGGUUUGACUAUCCAUCACCAUAUUGGGACUCGAUUGGCGACCCUGCACUUGAUCUCAUCGACCGUAUGCUCACAGUCGAUGUGGAGAAGCGGAUUACCAUUGAUCAGUGCCUCGAACAUCCCUGGACAAGGAACGCAGGCUACAUCAACCCUGCUGAUUCGCUUGACGGUCUCACCGGGCAGAUGAGUGCGUUUGACUUCUCCAAGCGAAAAGUCCAACGGGAACGUACUUUGCUGGCCAACAUCAACGAUGUUAAGGUGAGCAAAGUAGUAGAUCUCAACGGAGGCCAGCAGAUUCGCGGUCAACAAACCCAUAUUCCUGGUUCACCCGCGCAUGUGAAGGUGUGGGACAAGAACCCUAGUGGAAAGAAUAUUAGGAUGAGCCCGCCCAAGGACAACAAAGGUAAAAAGCCAAAGGGUGCUGAAAAGAACGAAGAGGACAACAAAAGGGAGGAACAUCCUGCGGCCAACCGGCAGCAAGAGGAAUUUAUGCAGAUGGGCGGCAAAGGAGAUAUGCCUUUGUUUGGGGACGAUGUCUCCUCGAGAUAUUUGCCCGAAGAGGUGCCCAAGGGAAAGAAAAAGUGA